CUCCCCGCGGACUCUCCACUCCACUUGGGUCGGCUCCAGUUCCGGAGUAAUAUGCUGUUCCUACAGAACAAUGGACUUUUGGUCUCGUCUCAUCGGGGGCUCCCGCUCGCUGUCUACUAAAGGCUUCCGGGCGUCCACUCCCACGGAGCGAUUGGCGUCCUUCAAGCGGACAUGCAAUACCCUUCAGCAAAUAUGGCGCUCCAAUAACUCCUCCACCGGCGAGCAAUCCGCAACCGUUCACGCGCGUAAUUGCAUUGAUCGCCUCAUCUCCGUGCUGAGCGACGAAUCCCGCGGCCCAGCUCCGCAUCCAUGCCUCGCAUAUGCCUCCUCUUCGCAGAUCUUCGUCACGGUCACUAAGCUCGCCUUGUCUUCCUACGACGAUGGCAUGCUCCGAUCCGCGACCGUGUUCUUCAACACCCUCAUCGAUUCCGAGGUCGAUGGUAUUGUCGAUAAUCGACUGUUUGCCCGCGCACUGGUGGAUUUAGUGCGACGUGCGGAUAAACACUCGGAGGAUGUUGAGGGACGACUCGUCGAGCUACUGUUCGGCGUGGCUAACAAUAUUCGUCUACAGCCGAAUAUUCUUCCUGCGUGGUUCGCCCCACGGUCUGAUGAACAGGACCGCGAACAGGGCAAUGGUAAUAACACUGGGGCUGAAUUUGCGGGUGCAAUGAGGAAGGAUGAUUUUCCGUUGUUCUACCUACUCGUGGAGUAUGUGCAUCAUGCUGGUAGGGCAGGUGAUUUUGCUCGUACGGGGUUGCUUUAUUUGAUCGAGACAGCUUCCAGGUCGAAGAACCUUGAGAGGUGGUUGAUUGAGAGUGACCUUGCUACACUCAUGGCUACUGGAUUGGGUGCGCUGUAUAGUCAAUUGGGCAGCUUGACCUUCCCGGAGAAUACGGACGAGAAUAUCCCGCAUAUCAUUGCGCUGUCCGAUCACGCGCAGCAAGACACAGCUCUUCCACCGGUGCUGGGCAUGUCGAUGGAUUCGUUCAUGUCGUAUCUGUUGUUCUGGCAGGAUACUAUUGAUCAUUGCAAGUCGGCGGAGGUCAACGGGACUUUGUUGGAUCAUUUCCAGAUUCUCUUCCUGGAACAACUCUUGUACCCGUCUUUACUUGAGUCUUCCGAUGUGCAAGGGGGUUCAACGGCUGCUGUGCUUACCUACCUGUAUCGCAUUCUCGAGUCUGUACAUCAGGAGGACUUGGUCCACCGGAUUCUUCAUUUCCUGCUUGCGUCUCCCUCUGACUCAGAGCCUGCGGCAGUCGGAAAGAACAUAGGUAUGUCUGCCAGCCGACGCAAGUCGCUAGAUGUCUUGGCCGCUUUCUCCGAAGAAGCUGCGCGGCCCUCGCCGUCGCUCUUCAACUUGAGAGAUCUUGCCCUCCUUGGACUUCAGUCGACAAAUAGACAGACUGUUCUGGCGACAUUGCGGGUAAUGAGCACCGUCCUGCAACGGCACCAUACCUUUGCACGAUCAUUAAUACGCACCGUUCCUGGCCAGCAUGCCAAACAACGGACUGUCGGGGCGUUGAACGUCGAGCUGGAACAGCUUAUGAACAUGGCCACAUCUGCCGUUGAUGACCCUACGUUGAAUGAAUCUUAUGACAACUACCUUAAGGACGGGAUGGCAAUUCUCGAGGCCCGGCUGUGCAUCCCCCCGGCGGAGGAUUACCCGGAAGAAAGCCUGCCACUCGAGCUACGACACGAUGACCCCAUUGUGCGCGAGCUGCUCAAUUGCCUGGAGAACUUCUUCACGAACAGUGUUAUCGUGAAUUUGGCAUUGACCGAAGUCCUCGGGAGCAUCGCCUCUUCGCACUUGAUUGCUCUUGACGGCUGGCUUCUCGUGGACCCUUCCAAGUACAUCUAUAGCACAUCAACGAACGAAUCUUCAGACGAAACCCCUUCGACGACCCUUAUUGAACAGAUCCAGCGAGCCUACGAAGAGCCCUCCUGGUCCCACACCGACACUCCAGCCCUCACUUCGGUACUUCAGAAGCUCGUGCAGAAGAUCCAGAAAUGGCGCAAGGACAUGCCGGACUUUGACAUCCUCGUCGCCGCGCGUCGCGAUCUCCUUCACCAGGACGACGAGCCCGCCAAAGCGUCUGGGCGUUCUCAGCGCAAUUCCGCACCUCCUACCCGCUCCUCCUCCCGACACCCAACAUCCAACCUCGACUCGGACUAUGGGUCCCCUCGCGGCCGGUCUAGUCGACCCCUCGAGUUCUCCAGCACCGCCACCUCCUCUCCCAGUCGCGACGCCAUCGGCUCUCCCACCCGCGACCUCCCCUUCCGACCGCCCCGCGAUGUCUCCACGGCGCGCAGAUCCGCCGCUGAAGAACUCCGCCAGCGAUUGGAACAGCCAUUCCCAGUGGACGAUGCGCCUCACGAUGCCAACAACGAUACCACUGCGGAGGAAGCAACUGAUGAAGCAAACGACGACGCGGGCGACACUGCAGUCGUCGACGAAGAACCCCGCACUGCGACUCUGGGGCAUGUCUUGACCAACGUAGUCAUUCUCUACGAGUUUUUGUUGGAAACGUCGGCUGUUGUGCAGGCGCGGGGAACAUUGUUUGGAGAAGCGGGAUACCCGGGAAUAGAUGGUCCUGUAGAUACUGCCACGGUUGAGGCAUAGCCAAUUACUGUUUGUAUUGAUAGGGAUGUUUAGUAAAGUCGUGGGCGGGACCUGCGAUUAUGGGUGACUGAUUGAUUGUAUGGAUGGAAUAUAUACAUUAUUAUAU